AUGUUCAUCAUCACGACGUCGGCAUUAAUAAACAUCGCUUCUACCCGCAGUCCCCUCUACGUCGAUCGCGCCCCUAACUUCGUCCGACCCUACAUUAUUGAACACUAUGCGAACGCCCAAGCGGUCGCCAUAGGCCAACAAGUCUACCGAUUCCCUGUAACCGGCGCAUCAAGUGGUGGCGCCUUUUCUCUUCUCAGCACUUCCUCCCCAUCCUCCCCAUCCUCUCCAGCCCUUGGUGUCCUCCCUCACCAUCACCAAAGCUACCAUGAGAACUUCUUUUGUCUCAAAGGCCGUUUUCAACUCUGGACUUCGGAUGCAGUGGCAGUAGCAGGGGUGGAUAGUAACGAAAUUCAAGCUCGUCUCUUAACAGUGGGAGAUUAUGGAUCCGUACCCCAAAAUACUACACAUACGUUCCAAAUCCAAGAUCCAGACACCGAGGUGGUUGGAGUGAUCUCGCCUGGUGGGUUUAAGGAGCUAUUUUUCUUCCUCGCGGACAGCAAUUACACUGCUUCGACUCAAACUCCAUACGCACCUGUGGCCGCCACCAGUAACGGCAGUGGCAGCGCAGGCCCGCCCCCUGAAGUUCUCCAGCAGUUGCAGCAAUUCGACGUAUACGCUGAAUUAGAUUUUAAUCCCCGGAGGGAUCUGGUGAAUGGGUCUGCACCUGCAGGGAUUGGGUGGCAUGAGAAGAUGGACAUUAUUCCGGCGAUGGCUGGAAGGAGUUAUUUCGUGGCAAAGGACCAUGGACCUAAGUUCUUGAACCGCGAUACCGGGUAUCAGAUCGUGCAGCCGCUUGUUACACCCACGACUGGGGAAGGGCGGUUCACUCAGGGCACGAUUACGAUGUCGCUGCAUCCAUCAAACGGGUCGUUGUUGAUGCACACGCUGGCUAGUCACACGGCUUUCGAGGUCCUGGAGGGCGCGUUGUGGAUUUCUAUUAGCGACGAAAACGCUACAUUGAUUACGGGAGAUGUGGCUUUAGUCCCAGGCAAUGUCACGUUUGCGUAUUGGUCGGAAGUGGCGUUUACGAAGGUUAUGUAUGUGAGUGCGGGGAUAGAGGGGAUUGUGUUGUUGGGGAGUGCGGAGCAGUGGGGUUGGCCUGUGUUUCCAGUUGAGUGA